UUGCAUUUGCUCCGUCGUUGCAUCAUGGCUUACAAGUUGUUCGUGCCCCAGGGCGGCGCCCGCGCCUUCAAGAUCUUUAUCGCCGCCGAAUACAGCGGCGUCAACCUCGAGAUCCCAGAAACCUUCGUGAUGGGCGUGGACAACAAGUCCGCCGAGUUCUUGAAGCUCAACCCGUUGGGCAAGGUCCCCGUGUUGCAAACCCCCGAAGGCCCGAUCUUCGAGUCCAACGCCAUCGCUCGCUACAUCGCGCGCAUCCGCGCCGACAACGGCUUGCUCGGCAAGACCUUUUACGAAUCCGGCCAAGUCGACCAAUGGGUGGACUUCGUCUCGAACGAACUCGAACUGCCCCUCAACGCGCUCUUGUACCCAAUCUUCGGCUACCGCAAGUGGGAAGCGGCCCUCGAAGCUAAGGCCAUCGAAGACACGAAGAAGGUGUUGCAAAUCUUGGAAAACCAUUUGCUCCUCCGCACGUACUUUGUCGGCGAACAAAUCACCCUUGCCGACAUUGCCGUGUUUGGUGCGUUGAUCUACGCGUUCAAGUUCGCGUUGGACAAGGACUUCCGCAAGCCUUACUCGAACUUGCUCCGGUGGUUCACGACCGUGGCUGCCCAGCCCGAAUUCGCCGCCAUCGUCGGCGAAGUGUACCUUGCCGACUCUGCCACUUUGGCCGACGGCGCCCCUGCCAAGCAAGCCCCGAAGAAGGCUGCCGCCGCCCCCAAGGCCAAGAAGCAGGAAAAGCCCAAGGAAGUAGAUGACGACGACGCUGACUUCGACGAAGCCCCCAAGGAAAAGAAGGCGGAACACCCGUUGGCCGUGCUGAACCGCACCAGCCCGUCCAAGCUCAAGUUUGACGACUGGAAGGUCACGUACUCGAACACCAAGCCGUUGUCCAAAGCCAUGGAGUGGCUGUGGGAACACUUUGAUGCUGAAGGGUACUCGUUCUGGUUCAACAAGUACAACUACAACGAAGAGAACAAGAAGAUGUUCAUGACGUGCAACGCCGUGUCGGGCUUCAUCCAGCGCUCGGAAGCCAUGCGCAAGUUUUCGUUUGGCGUGCAGUCCGUGGUCGGCGUCGAAGGCGGGUUGAUCGAAAUCGUCGGCUGCUGGUUGUUCCGUGGCCAAGAGAUCGAGCACAUGCUCGAAGCCAACCCUGACGCCGAGUACUACACAUGGACCAAGGUGGACGUCCUCGACGACGCCGCCAAGGCCCGCAUCGAAGAGUACUUCUGCUCCGAAGACACGAUCGACGGCAAGCCCAUCGCUGACGGCAAGGUCUUCAAGUAAAUUAAUUGCAUCGUCAUCUGUUUGCAGUGGUUUCGACGAUUGACCAACAGUAGUUAGUCUCGUGUACUAUGUAGUAGUACAGUGAGAGUCCCGUACUCGGGAGUCCUACUACGAGGCCUUAGAGAGCGUACUGUGGCAUCACAUUGGUAGAACAACUAGGUUGUAUGUAAACCCUUCAUGUAUCUUACACGAGGGAGUACCAAUGCAGCCUGACGUUAUGAUCAUC